UGUUCAGGAAUGAAUUUGACAAGUGCUUUGUGUAUUAUGUAGUGAAUGAAUAUGAUGGUGUUAUGAAGUUGAGAAUGGUCACCUUACUUUACUUUUUGUGUUAAUGUGUUUUCUAGGUGAUGGGUCGUUCGAGUUACAUGGAUAUAGACAUAGAUGAUCCUUUUGAGGACGACUUAGGGGAUCUCGGGGAGCCUUUUUUAAACAGUGUUUGUAAGAAGGCAGCAACCUCAUUUUUCCAACAACACGGCCUCAUCAGUCACCAACUCAACUCGUAUAAUGAUUUUAUUAAAUAUGGUAUUCAGAAUGUUUUUGAUUCCAUUGGUGAGAUUACAGUCCAGCCUGGUUAUGAUCCAUCUAAAAAGGGCGAUAGUCACUGGAGGUAUGCCUCCUUCAAAUUUGGGAAGGUCAAGCUUGCCCCGCCAACAUUUUUUACUGGCAAGAAGUUUUACGAUGAUAAUGGUAUAGAUUUCGUGGACUUCUAUCCUAGACAUGCUCGCCUUCAGAAUAUGACAUACUCGUCCAAAAUGAAAGUGGAGGUUCAUCUCCAGGUAUAUACUCAGAGGAUGGUUAGGAGUGACAAAUUCAAAACUGGGAAAGAGCAGUAUGUAGACAAAACUGUUUGUAAGGAGAUUCGAGAGGAGAUUCCUAUUGGAACGCUUCCAGUGAUGGUUAAAUCCGAUUUAUGCUGGAUGAAAAAAGCGAAGCAAGGUGAUUGUGAUUUUGAUCAAGGAGGCUAUUUCAUAAUCAAAGGAGCUGAGAAGGUUAAGAGUUUCUUAAUUUUUUUUGUAGUAUAUAAUUCUUACUUAAGGAACAUUGUUUACAUGCUGAUUAAAACUAGUUUCUAAAAAUUGUACAGUGGUCAUAUAGGUCAACUGGAAAUACAUUA